CAAAAAAUAGUGACAAAGGGAGUCAUGAAUCCGAUGCCUUCUGGAGUCAAUUUGGACUUACUCACCACACGACGAAGAUUCCACGAUGCCGACGGUUCACCUGCUCGACUAUGUUGCGGGAAAUGUGCGCUCGCUCGUGAAUGCAAUUGAAAAAGUCGGAUACACUGUAGAAUGGGUCAGGUCGCCUGCCGACAUCCCCGCCGCUGAGAAACUCAUCAUUCCCGGCGUUGGUCACUUCGGACAUUGUCUGUCGCAGCUCGAGAAAGCUGGCUAUGUCGAACCCAUUCGGAAACACAUCGCCGCGGGCAAGCCCUUCAUGGGCAUAUGUGUAGGGCUUCAAGCUCUGUUCCAAGGAAGCGAAGAAGAUCCCGAAGUGAGGGGUAUCGGCGUUAUUCCCGCACGCUUAAAGAGAUUCGACGACAAGGACAAGAGCGUACCGCACAUAGGAUGGAACUCUGCGAAUACCUCGAGCACAGCUGAGGUGACGGGGGAGAGUCUAUAUGGUCUGCGACCGGACUCAAAGUACUAUUACGUUCACUCGUACGCCGCGCCUUACCGCCAGGGUGAACUUGAGAAGGAUGGCUGGGCGGUGGCGACGGCACGAUAUGGAGAUGAGGAGUUUAUUGGAGCUGUUGCAAGAGACAACGUGUUCGCGACCCAAUUCCACCCCGAGAAGAGUGGUGCCGCCGGUCUAAGGGCGAUCAAAGCGUUUUUGGAUGGGAAGCGGACAGAGAAGUUGGCAGAAACGCCUCCUGCAGCAGCGACCAAAGAAGGAUUGACAAGGAGGGUGAUUGCGUGCUUGGAUGUUCGAACAAACGACCAGGGAGACCUGGUGGUGACGAAGGGCGACCAGUACGACGUUCGAGAGAGGGACGGCGUCUCUACUGGGGGUGCGGUCCGAAACCUGGGGAAGCCAGUGGACAUGGCGAGGAAGUACUAUGAGCAAGGCGCAGAUGAAGUCACCUUCCUCAAUAUCACUUCGUUCCGAAACUGUCCUGUGGCCGAUACCCCCAUGCUCGAGAUUUUGAGGCGGACAAGCGAGACUGUAUUCGUGCCCCUGACGAUAGGGGGUGGCAUCCGAGACACAGUCGACACCGACGGAACGAAGAUAUCUGCACUGGACAUUGCCACCAUGUACUUCAAGUCCGGUGCUGACAAGGUUAGCAUUGGGUCGGAUGCUGUUAUAGCGGCAGAGGAGUACUACGCUCGAGGCAAAAAGCUGAACGCUACGACGGCCAUUGAAACCAUAUCAGCUGCAUACGGGAACCAAGCUGUCGUUGUCAGCGUUGAUCCUAGACGCGUCUAUGUAGCUUCUCCUGACGCAACACCUCACCACACCAUCAAAACCAAGACGCCAGGGCCCAACGGAGAAAAUUACUGUUGGUACCAGUGCACAAUCAAGGGCGGACGAGAGGGACGAGAUGUUGACGUGCGACAGCUCGUCCAGGCGGUGGAAGCGAUGGGUGCAGGGGAGAUUCUGUUGAAUUGCAUCGACAAGGACGGAACCAACAGCGGAUUUGACAUUGAACUGAUCAACGAUGUUAAGGAUGCCAUCAAGAUACCCGUUAUUGCGAGUAGCGGCGCGGGCAACCCAGGCCAUUUCGCUGAAGUUUUCGAACAGACGGCGACAGACGCCGCUCUCGGAGCGGGCAUGUUUCACAGAGGAGAAUACACCGUCAAGCAAGUAAAAGAGUAUCUUCAGGGGAGAGGUCUUCUUGUGAGACAGUUCGAGGAGGACAUAUAACGGACAGUUGCAUUCACUUGACGUUUGAAAUCUAGACUAUAGACAUGAUAUCCCAGAGCCAUCAACUACUGUAUCGCAGAUUUUGGUAUACCCAACGCCAUAACCCAAACAUAAUCCGGAACUCCUACAAUGUGAGGGCUCAAUCGC